UUCGCUUCGAUCGCAUCAUUAUUCUAUAACCUAAUACAUGUAUUAUUUUUGUAGAUACAAAAUAAAGAAAAUAAUAUAAGCUGAUUAAUAAAAUAUUUAUAUGUUAUGAGAAAAAGUAUAUCAUGACGUCUGAAAAAUCUGUUUUACCGGGAAAAUUAUCUGAAGGGCCUCACGGUUUAGGUAACCCUGAAGAUAGAACCUUAAGAAAAGUAGAAAUAGAAGUGAUGAUACCAAAGCUUAUGCGGGAAAAAGCAAAAAUUGAAAAAUGUCCAAGUGAAGUAAAAGAAUUUGAGAAAUGUUGUAAAGAUUCAUCCAUUUUUAUGGUAGUUAAAUGUCGAAAAGAAAACACAUCUCUUAAAGACUGCCUAACAAAGUGGUACCAUAAUGAAGAUUUCAAAAAACAAUGUACAGAAGAAUAUUUGAAAGAAAGAAGUGAGUAUAGGAGAACUGGUAUCAAGAAAGCCAUUAAAAGAGCUUAAAAAACUAUGUAAUAUAGUUAUUACAAAAGUAAAAUAUGCAAUCAAGAGUCGUUAUAGUGAUUAUAGUGCAUAAAAAUGUUAUUAUUUAUUGUUAUAAAAAUGAA